AUGUCCUCACUCGGUGUUGCAGGCGUAUUGGAGAAACCUUACGGUCACUUGACCUCGCGUGACCCUGAAAACUUCUGGACCUCAGGGCAGUGGAUGACGGAACGUAAAGGAGGUUCUGAUGUGGCUGGUGGUACUGAGACUGUUGCCAAACAACAGCCUGAUGGAAGUUACAAACUAUACGGCUUCAAAUGGUUCACCUCGGCAACAGACUCCAACAUGACACUAACGUUAGCCAGGAUCAUGGACGAACAGGGAUCCACUUUGGAGGGGACAAGAGGGCUGACGCUGUUCUACGUGGAGAUGAGGGAUGAGGACGGAAAGCUCAACCACAUUGAGGUUCAGAGACUGAAGGACAAGCUGGGCACACGCCAAGUACCCACUGCAGAGCUCCUUCUGGAUGGAGCCAAGGCAUACAAGGUGUCAGCAGAGGGCCGGGGAGUGGCCUCCAUCGCCAACAUGCUGACCAUAACCCGGGUACACAACGUCAUCGCAGCAGCUGGAGUUAUGCGAAGAAUAAUUAAUCUGGGGAGAACAUAUGCCACUAAACGGUUUGUCUUUGGCAAGUUCGUCAAAGAUCAUCCUCUGCACGUCCAGACCAUGGCAAGAAUGGAGGUUGAGGCUCGUGGAGCUUUUCUGCUGCUGAUGGAAGUGGCUCGUUUGCUGGGUCUUGAGGAAACCGCAUUGGCUUCGGAGCAGGAUCUGCACAUCCUUCGUCUUCUCGCUCCGGUUGUAAAAUUGUACACCGGCAAACAGGCUGUUGCUGUGGUUUCCGAGGGGUUAGAAUGCUUUGGUGGACAGGGUUACAUCGAGGACACUGGACUCCCAGUGCUGCUGAGGGAUGCCCAGGUCCUCAGCAUCUGGGAAGGUACUACCAACGUUCUGGCUUUGGAUGUGCUACGUUCUCUCGCCAAGAGUCAAGGGAAGGUUUUGGAGUUUUUUUCCUUGGAUGUAAAAGUUAAACUGCAAGCAGCCUCUAAAAACACCGAGUUGAUCUCCUCAAUAGAACGUGUAGAGAGCAGCCUCCACGCACACGAGCAGUUUGCACAGAAAGCCGCUGGGAGAGACGCUUCUUUCAUGGAAGUGGCAGCCAGAGAUUUUGCUUACGGCCUGGCGAGAAUUUAUGCAGGCACUCUCCUCUUGGAACACGCUGCCUGGAUAGGAGCUACUCCUAUGGAUGUCUAUGCUGCUCAAAAGUGGUGUGAACAGGAUUUGUGCCCUAUGCUCACUGCAGAUAAACAUGGCUGUUACACUGAAUCACGCAUCGCCAUGGAUUUAGCUUUGCUUUACGACAGAAGCCCAGAUGUCAGUGCCUAACUCUGAAGGCUGCACUUAAUACCACUUUGAAAGAAAACAAAAUACUCUAUAUACAAAAGUGCCUGGUUAGCAAAAGAUAAUCAAAACUAAUGUGUUAAAUUCAGAAACAACAACUUGCAUUUAUAUAGCGACUUUCAUCUCCCAAAGCACUGGGAUUUUUGUUAAUGGUAAACAGUUACCGUUAAUGGUAAACAUCAAUUACCGUAAUGGGUAAUCUUUAUAACUCUUGAUCAUAACAAAGAAACUGGAUUUGUUUCAAUUGAAAACUAAAAAACGCGGCUAAUUUAGUUUGAAGAAAUGUACUGAACUUCAGUUUAAACUUAAAAAAAAUCUUAAGCAAAAGAGGUCAUUGACUGCUUUCUCUAAGCACUGAGAAGGAGGGAUACAAUGAAAAAGCACCACAUUUCAUCAAAAAAUGUCGGAAUUGGUGAAUCUCAACAGAACUGUUAUCCCUCUUCCAAUCUCUCCCCCCCCCCAUAUGUUAACACGAUUAUUUACCCAUGAAUAUUAUGAAAUUUACAAGAAACAGCCUAAGUUCUGUAUUCAGAUGCAAAUGUUUUUAAUUACAGUAUAAACCUACAUUUUUCCAACACUCACUUUUGACAUAACACUUUUCAAGUCAAGAGGAUGUCUUAAAGAGUUUCACAGGAUUUUAUUGUAAAGUGUAAUGACCAUCCGUGUGUCAUUAUGUAGUCAAACGCGGCAGCUGAGAGUGUGGUUGGUGAAGAGAAACAUGACUGAGCUGAAAGGAUUGUUAACCUGGGAACAGCAGAUCAAUAAAAAACAGACUCCCAAGUUUGAGAUGAA